AUGCAAGGAAACAAACGUACUGCCGCGCCGAUGUUCGCGCCGAAAACGCCCGCUCCUUCGAAUCCCAUCCCGUCUUCAUCUCCGGCCUUUGGAACGCCAGCGCAUACACUUAAGCCGUUUGCCAUUGCACCACCUACCAAAGCUACUAUCCUCCCAAUCCUUCUACCGCCAGCAACUUUGAGACCGUUAGCAUUUCGAACCUUCACGAAAAAGCAUAGCCUAACCCUCACGUCCUCCGCGCUACAAGAAUUAGCUACCUUCAUUGGUCGACAUUGCGGUUCGGGAUGGCGCGAAGAAGGACUGGCGGAGAAGGUUUUGGAAGAGACGGCAAAAAGCUGGAAAAAUCGAAAUGGAGGCGUAAUAGUAGAUGGUGCUAGUAGUGAGCUAAAAGAUAUUCUAAAAACGUUGGAGGGGAAUAUGAGCGGUGGCAGGAUAGUGACAGGACGAGAAUUAAAUCGCCAAAAUAGCUUGGUUUUGGACUCCAGUCAGGAGGCCAAUUUAACGAAUACAAGGUUAGGACUGAGGCCAAACAAGGCCCUAACACGCAAUGACAGCGCAACAAGUUUUGGCAUGUCAGGGCUCGGUGUUGAGGAAGAUGAGCCCGACGACGAGAGCCUAAAGCAUCCGAGGAAAUGGUUGAAAGUCAUCAGUGCGUAUGACCAACCACGGUUGUUAUACAAUGUAACAAAGAAACACUUUGAAAAGGACCCUUCGAAACCAUCUUUAAUGCCUCCAGCAGCCCACAAAACGACUCUCUUCCGGAAUAGAUACAAUGUUAUACAUCAGAGACUCCUCCGAAAUGAAUCUUUCCAGAGCUCGACAGUAGCAACUACAAAGGCCGCCCCAUCCUUAAAACGAUCCGCCUCUUCUAAUCUAACCACCCAGCAAACCUAUAAAAUCACACCAAUUGCGAAUAUGCUUGGCCGCCAUGGUAGCCAUCAUAUGCUUCUUGGGCUAUUGUCAGUCUUGCCAACUGGAAAUCUUGCAAUUAACGACUUAACGGGAACUAUCUCCUUAGACCUUUCACAAGCCGUAGCUAUACCGGAAGAUUCGGCUUGGUUCACGCCAGGGAUGAUAGUGUUGAUAGAUGGCGUGUACGAGGAAGAGGAAGAAUCAACUGGUAGGGGACUCAAUAAUAAUAAUGGUGUAGGUGGUAUCAUUGGCGGCCGCUUUCAGGGGUUCUUCAUCGGACAACCCCCCUGCGAAAAGCGCAAAGCUACUCUCGGCGUCAGCGGGCUAGACGACCACACUAUAGGAGGUGGAUUCGGCUGGAUCGACUUCUUAGGCGUCGGCAGCGAGCGCGCCGCGGGUUCCAAGAUGCGGAAACUCGAGCAGCGUAUACUCAGGAAGCCACGUCUAACCCAAUCAUCUAUAGCGGAUCCUGAUGUCGACGCUCCUAGCUGCGGCCGCAUCAUCGUCAUAGGCGAGCUUAAUCUCGAUCAGCCACGAGCACUCCAGGCUCUACACAAGAUCCUAACCAUCUACUCGACAGAACCCGAGGGAAGCACACCAAUGACGUUCGUGCUAACAGGUAACUUCACGCAACACGCCGUGAUGGCCGGCGGCGGUGCCAGUGGCGGCAGUGUUGAAUACAAAGAGCAUUUCGACGCGUUAGCGUCCGUCUUAUCUGACUUCCCAGCCCUCCUCCAAUCCUCCACAUUCAUAUUUGUGCCCGGCGAUAACGACGGCUGGGCCUCGUCCUUCGGCGCCGGUGCCGCCGUCCCAUUACCCCGGAAGCCCGUCCCCGAUAUGUUCACGAGCCGCGUACGCCGCGCCUUCGCCACUGCUAACGCAGAAUUACCCGACAAUAGCAAAAGAUGCCCUGGAGAGGCUAUCUGGACCAGCAAUCCCUCCCGUCUAUCCGUCUUUGGGCCCGCGCACGAGAUUGUCUUGUUCCGCGACGACAUGUCAGCGCGAAUGCGCCGCACCGCCGUGCGCUUACGCUCCUCGACCACGGAUGCGGAGGGCAAUCGGCAUGAAAAACCUACUAGCAACAACAACGACGAUGAUGACGACGACAUAGACAUGGAAGCUACGCUCGACAGCACCGACGCAAUGGAGGUCGACGCCACCAAGGGCGCGGAACCCUCAGUCCCGCACGAUGUGCGGACGGCGCGCAAGCUGGUGAAAACAAUGCUGGAUCAGGGGUAUUUAUGUCCGUUCCGUCAUGCGAUUCGCCCUGUGCACUGGGACCACGCGAGCGCGUUGUACUUGUACCCCCUACCGACGGCAAUGGUGCUUGCAGAUCCGACGGCGCCACCGUUUUGCGUUACGUAUGAGGGGUGUCACGUUAUGAACCCUGGGGCGGUGUUAGUUGCGGGACGUAGGGGCGUAGGGCGCUGGGUCGAGUACGAGUUAGGAGGGACGGGACGAUUGAGGGAGUGUAUGUUUUAA